AUGCUGGUGUAGGAAAAUAAGCAAAAUUUACAGAAAUGAAAAAAGAAGAUUUGGAUUAUGUUAUGGAUGUCAACUUCAAUGCUGUUUUCAAUGUAUCACAGGUAGUAGCCAAAGCAAUGGUUGAAAGAGGAGAAGGAGGAAGCAUAGUUAACAUAUCAAGUGCUGCCUCACAAGAUGCCUUGAUGGAUCAUGCUGCAUACUGUUCAAGUGAAGCGGCUGUUGAUAUGCUUACUAAAUGUAUGGCAUUGGAACUUGGGCCUCAUACAAUACGAGUCAAUAGUAUUAAGCCAACAGUAACAUGGACAGAUAUGGCCAAAAUGAACUGGAGUGAUCCUGCAAAAAGUGAGCCAAUGAUGGCUAGGAUCCCUUUAGGCAAAUUUAUAGGGGUAGAAGAUGUAGUAAACAGUGUAGUUUUCCUUCUUAGUGAUAAGAGUGCUAUGACAACUGGGGAAUGUGUCAGAUUAGAUGGAGGGUUGGGCGUACACGGAAAUUAG